AUGAUCUCAACAGCAGGCAUUAGAAUAGCAGGACCAUUCGAUAAGGAGAACGCUCCUGUGGCUCUAAAGAACAAGUUGAGCAGCACAUCAAAGGUGUCCACAUUGACACCAUCACACAACUCACUGCCCAAACAAAAGUCCAUGCUCAGUAUGCCCAAGACCCCCCGUAUGGCUCUCGGCGAUGUGACCAACUCCAACGUUACUCCCAACCAAUCACUGGGUGGCUCAAAGUCCAAGCUUGGCCAAUCCAACACAAUGUCCAAUCUAUUAUUCGUACCAUCAUCAUCCUCACAGCCAACAUCCAUAAAGAAGAAGCCAUUGAUCACCUCAACUGGCGGAGGAUUGGUAUCAGUUGGAAAGCCCAGAUCAUUGGUAAAGACAAUCACGGCAGACAAGAAGGAUAAGGAGUCGGAGAGAUCAGUGCCAAUGAUCGACCCGAUGUACCCGCCACCACCCGUCCCACUAUCACUCGGUGUAAAAUUGAGCAACAACAUGAUCGAGAGAUUGGUAAUGACACCCUCGAUGAUCGACCUUGUCUCUGAAGGAGGUGAGACACUGUUGUCUCUGGAUGACACUAUAGACUUUGGCAACGACUCCUACAUGGACAUUGCCAUGGUACCAGAGAUCAAUGAGGCUCCUCCCUCACCCCUUCGAGACUCUGAUUAUGCCGAUGACUAUCAUUAUGGAAUGACAUCGUCAACUGCGUCAUCAACCAACACCUUCUCAUUCACCGAUUACUUCAACCAGAUUGCAUUGUAA